AGCAACAGGUCAAGGUUUUUAUGUUUAGGACGUAUUCAUUGGGUUUCGCGCUGACCGGUCGGUUCUAGGCACAUCAAUACCGACGUCAACCUCUACGAGCCAAUAUGCUGGUAGCAUCGCGGAUGGCACUGCUCUCAGGGUCAUGUGCCUUGGCGCAUCUAUAGUAAAGGGUGAAACUUCCCCUGGCACAGUCGGCUUCAGAAAGGUGCUUCGGGACGAUCUCGUUGGGUUUGGAGUCGAUGUGAACAUGGUAGGCUCUGUCCAGUUGGGAAACAUGACCGACAACGACCUAGAAGCCUACGGCGGUAACCGAAUCACUCAAAUCCAUGACCACGCCAAGGCCAUUGUCCCAAAGACCCUACCGAAUGUGUUCGUGAUCCAAGUCGGGACGAAUAACAUCCUCCAGAACUUGGACAUCGACAAAGCCGGUGAACAAAUGAAGGAUUUCAUAGACUACCUGGUGGAGACAGCGCCGCGGUCAUUUGUCAUCUUAAGCACGAUUCUUACCAAUACUGUUGGCGGGGGUAGUCUGGAGCCUUCUGUGUUGGACAUCAAUCAACAAUACCGAGAUCUAAUGCCGACUUUCGAGGCAGAGGGCACGCCAGUGGUUCUUGCGGAGCUACACCCAAGCAACGGUGGCGAUGAUGUCCCGCAAGUCGCAGAUAUUGGGCCAGACGGCUCGCAUCCGCUGGUCAGUGGAUACGAGAAGAUGGGCCAUAUUCUUGCUCAAGCCGUCAAGGAUGCGGAUGCGAAAGACUAUAUUCAAGUCGCGACCGACAAUGGAAUACCUGACGACGGAGAUGCCGAGAAAGCCGGAUCAUCACGGAAGCGGAGGCAUUGGCAUUGAGGGUGCGCGGCAUACCAUAUGGAGAAUCGGAUAUAAACACUCAUUCGAAUUCGAUCACAAACACAUAUUAAUCUAGAAUAAUACGCAAUGAAUAAAUAAUGGAACAGCUACCACUUCAUAUGUAGUAGUAGUCUUGGUCGUUGUUGUGGAACAUGCCGACUUUUUGCGUCCCCUUGGAGAACUUCCCGAAACG